UUGGUAAUCGCCAAUCCAUAAGCUACGACAUGUCACAGUCUGUCAUAUUCCAGUCAUAUAUGUCAUCACAAUGAUUUAGCUUUACAUACUAAUAAUGUAAAAAAACUGGCGAUAUAAAUUCCAAAUUUUGAGUAGUAAUGCGAAGUUUCACUUCGUGAAAUCAUGGAUCAUUACCUGACGACAUACAGAAAGGAUUACCUAUGGCCCAACUUACCAGGAUCGGGGGCAGGCGGGGGAGGUGGCGGCGGCGGCGGGGGAGGACUGGCUGAAACACCACAAUUGACGGGUGAAGAGCUAGCCUUCUACCAAGCAUGCAUGCAGCACUCCCGGCCUCCAGACUGUCGUUGUCCACAGUACUCCGGCGGGGAGAUGCCACAGCUCCCACCAGGGAAGGAAGGCGGCUGGAGUAGGAAUGAGAUCAUGGGACCCCUACUGGACCCAAAACUAUAUCCAGUAAAAGUAGGCGCAGCUCCAGAAACGCCAACGUCGCGGUAUGAUCAGCCCAAUGCGUUCUUAGAUAAGCUCCAAUCCAAGUACCCCAUGCUGUACAGCAUCCUGCAGAACGAGGCGUCUCCAGAGUUGAAGCAGAGGAUCGACCGGGACCGCAACAAGACCACGUACCAGGUGGACUUCUGCGAAAGUGGUCCUGGUGCGAAAUUCGAGGGUCUGCAACGCGCGUCGGACGAAAGUGGCACGGGCCCGUGCGCGCAGCCCAUGCGCCUGCCCGGGGACCCGUGCCGGGUGGGGCCCAAGCCCCGGCGAGCCGCUCCGAAGACGAUCUCCAAGCAAGCCGGCGCUGGAGGAGCCAGCGACCCGAGAGCCAAAUGCGAGACAUCAUCAGCGGUGCCACCUCUUGGCAAGACAGAGUACCAGGACGGCGUGUCGAAACUCGGAGCAAUCAUUAUGCGGGACAAGCUUCAUCGGAGAUAACUGGAGUAGACGAAAAUCACGGACAAGUUAUAUUAUAUUUCAUUGGAUUAUACACGGCACUGAAGAAGGAA